UGACGUCGUGCGUCUCGUGCUCUUGUUCGGAUGACGUAUCCCUGGUAAAGCAGUUCAGCCCUGUCGACGCUCCAAACACGCCACAGCUCCAGACAACCUACAGUCUCACAGACCUACCGUUGUUUGCUCUCUGCUGUACCUUCUGCCUGUCAUCAUGUCUAACGGCACCGUGGUUCUGGCUUACAGCGGUGGACUGGACACAUCCUGCAUUCUGGUGUGGCUCAAGGAGCAGGGCUAUGAUGUCAUCACGUACUUGGCCAAUAUCGGACAAGAUGAAGAUUUUGAAGCUGCCCGGAAAAAGGCGGAAAGCCUCGGCGCCAAGAAGGUUUUUAUUGAGGACCUGCGCUCUGAGUUUGUGGAGGACUUUAUCUGGCCUUCGGUUCAGGCCAACGCGGUUUAUGAGGACCGAUACUUGAUGGGAACCGCCAUAGCAAGGCCAUGCAUUGCCCGUCGUCAGGUUGAGAUAGCACGCAUGGAGAGUGCUCAGUUUGUCUCCCACGGUGCCACCGGAAAGGGGAAUGACCAGAUACGCUUUGAGCUCACAUGCUACGCUCUGUACCCGGAGGUCAAGAUCAUUGCACCGUGGAGGAUCCCUGAGUUUUACAAUCGAUUCCGGGGAAGAACAGACCUGAUGGAAUACGCAAAGAAACAUGGCAUCCCAGUGCCCGUCACUCCUCGGGCACCCUGGAGCAUGGAUGCUAAUCUCAUGCACAUAAGCUAUGAGUCUGGCAUCCUGGAGAAUCCCAAGAGUCAUGCUCCUGCUGAUCUGUACCUGAUGACCAAAAACCCAGAAGAUGCUCCAAAUGUCCCAGAUGUUCUAGAGAUUGAGUUCAGAAAAGGAGUGCCUGUGAAGGUGAUCAAUGUGAAGGAAGGCAAAUCCAAAGACACACCCCUGGAAAUUUUCUCAUACCUCAAUGAGAUUGGAGGAAAACAUGGAGUGGGUCGGAUUGACAUUGUAGAGAAUCGCUUUAUCGGCAUGAAGUCACGAGGCAUAUAUGAAACUCCAGGAGGCACCGUCCUCCUGAAGGCCCACUUGGACAUCGAGACGUUCACCAUGGACAAAGAAGUACGUAGGAUCAAACAGGGACUUGGUGUCAAGUUCUCUGAACUCGUGUACAAUGGAUUCUGGUACAGUCCUGAGUGUGACUUUGUGCGCCACUGCAUAGCCAAGUCCCAGGAGAACGUGGAGGGCAAAGUCCAGCUGUCCAUUUUUAAGGGUCAGGUCUACAUCCUGGGACGAGAGUCACCCAAGUCUCUGUACAAUGAGGAGCUGGUCAGCAUGGACGUGCAAGGAGACUAUGACCCGUGUGAUGCCUCUGGAUUCAUCAGAAUAAAUGCUGUCAGGUUGAGGGAGCAUUGCCGUCUGCAGGGUUUUUCUGACCCCAAACCGUAACCGUUGCACUUCAUUGUGAUGGGUAAAAAAGUUGUGCCUUUUUGUCUAUUGUAGGUUGUCAUAGCAUCGGGGUUGUAGAACACCAGGUUCAACUGCUCUCCAAUUGAUCAAAAGAAGUGAAUCAAAUAAAAUGUGUUGUAUUUAUAGAAUCAGUUCUGUAGCUGUUUUAGAAAACACUGCACAAAAUCGUGUGUGCAGGUGUUUUAUUUGCAGUGCAGUCAUCCUUAGUUCAAUAUAAUGAACUAAUGUUUGGAAUAAAAGAAGUAAAUUGUG